UUUUACAUUGCUUGGUGACAGUUUAGGCUGAUUUUAAAUCGGAAUUUUAAAUUAAAUCUUGAAAAGUACUUCCUAAAGAUUUUACUAUAUAAUGCCAAAACAUUUGAUUUCUAUCAUAAUUAAGAACCGUGUCAAAUAGCAAGAAGAUUAAAAUUGUUUUCCUUAUUAUUGAAUAAAAAUGUUGAUAUAUUUGUCAUGUGAAUCGGAGAGUGGUUCCGGUGUGCCGGAAUGGGCUAUCGUGGAGCUGCAAGGUCUCGUACAAAUGAAGAAAGAGUCUCCGGCGGGGCCCGCGGUCAUCGGCGACCUGCACUACUACCAGAGGAACCGCCACCCCGUGCUGGUGCUCGGACAUCACAUACUCAACGGCAAGGAAGUUAAAUUAGAACAACCGAUGGCGGUCAUUGAGAAAGUACAUAUUGAUGGAAAGCUACAAUAUAAAAUUAAAGCUAUCGUCAAAAAGAAAUUACUAUUCAAAUCCAGACCUAAGCCGAUCAUAUCACAUGUAUCUGAUAAAAUUUAAUUAAAUUGUUUGCCGUGGUU